AUGGCAGAGACACCAGAGAAAAGCGGGAUUCGGGUGCAUUGGAAGUCGUUGGCGGCAUGCUCGCUCAUCUCUAUGUCACCAUUCCAAUAUGGUGUUGAUUUCACGCUCAUAGGCGGCUUCCAAGCUAUGAUUGGGUUCCUGAAGAUCUUUGGCGUGCCGGCAGACACACCCAUCGGUUGGAAUAUUCCUUACGAGCGCCAACAGCUGAUUUCGUCUCUUAUGACGCUCGGCGCAUUUGUUGGACCUAUCGCGACGUUCAUUGGCCGCAAGACAAGUCUUUACAUUGCCUGUGCCCUGAUCUACAUUUCCAAUAUUGUCAUGAUGACUACUUCCUCCAUCGGCGGCCUUUAUGCCGGUCGUCUGAUUAUCGGAGUGGGCAAUGGAUUUUUGAUGACAUUCUCUCAACUCUACAUCCAGGAAUGCUCACCAGCCAGAUACAGAGGCCUCAUGCUAGGAGCCUUCCAAUUUUGGACGUCCUUCGGGUCUCUUAUCGGCACAAUCAUCGACAACUUCACAGCAAAGAUAGACGACAAGAACAGCUACAUCAUCCCCUUGGGACUAAUAUACAUUAUUCCUGCAUUCCUAUGCGGCGGCAUGCUCAUAAUCCCUGAAUCACCACGUUGGCUCCUCCAAAAAGACAGAACCGAAGACGCGCGCAAAGCCUUGACCUGGCUUAGACCCAACCAGGAGAUUGUCGACCAGGAAAUGGCAGAUAUCCAAAGCGCAAUUGAGCUAGAGCGAAAUCUGGCUAGCGGCGUCUCCGUCUGGGAUAUGUUCACCAACCCCGUCGAUCGACGACGGACUAUUUUGGCUGUUGCGGCUGUGAGUACGCAGGCUGGCUCGGGGGCGAUGUAUAUGAUCGCGUAUGGAACAUACUUCUUCGAGAUGGCAAAUGUUGGGGACGCCUUCGAAAACAGCUGUAUCCUUACGGCGCUAGGAGUGGUUGCUAUUUUGGUCAACAUUGCCGUGGUUACUCGUCUCGGACGUCGACGAUUCUUCUUGAUGACCGGUCUCUUGAUAUGCGGGUUCAGCCAGCUGAUUGUUGCUGCGAUUUAUACGGUGCAUCCUGGUACCGAGUCGACGGGCAAGGCGACUGUUGGACUGUCGGUUAUCUUUAUUUUGGGAUACAAUGGAAUGGUUUCCACCUAUGCCUGGGUGUCUGGUGGCGAGUUACCGUCUCAGCGUCUGCGUUCAUAUACAUUUGGCUUCGCGGCUGCCAUUGGGUUCCUUGGCGCGUGGUUGACUACAUUUACCGCACCUUAUUUCAUCAAUCCCGAUUCACUAAACUGGGGCCCUAAGUACGGCUAUAUUUGGUUCCCGUCUUGCCUCAUUUCAGCAGCUUUUAUAUUCUUCUAUUUACCAGAAGUCAAAGGUCGAACUUUGGAAGAGAUUGAUGAAAUGUUUGAGAAACGGCUGCCUGCUCGAAAGUUCGCCUCCUACAAAUGUGUUGGACGGGAAGCACUUCAGGAGAUGCAGACCUCGAGGGCUCACACUGAAGAUACUGUUCAUAGAACCGUUUCUAAGGAAUCGGAGAAAGGGACGACUGAAGUUUAUGAGAAUAUAGCGUGA